AUGAUUACAAUUCAAACUACACAAAGUACUAAUGAAGUCAAUUUCAUAAUAAAAGGGAAAUUCAUAAAAUAUCAAAAAAAAUAUUUUAUCCUCACAGCAAAGGAUAGUUACCUAGAAUUAUUGUCAUGCGAUUUUAAGGAAACAAUAUAUGUGCAAAAUACAUUUUUGAAAAUAAUAUUUUUACAAUUACUUGAAGGGAAAGAUCAUGAUAAAUUUAUUAUUGUUGAUGAUAAAUUAAAUUUUCGAAUUUUAAAAUUUGAUCAAACUUUUGUUGAAUGUUGUUUUAUUGGAAAUUUAUAUUCAAAAAAAUUAAAACUAUAUUCAAAAAUAAUUAAAUUAAAAAAAAAUGAACAAAUUGACAAAAUCCAAGAUGAAUAUCAUAAAUAUAUUAACAUUUGUAAAUCAGCUAGCUCUUUUUUAAUUUCGAUUGAAAAUUUUUUAUAUGUGAAAAAAAUAAAUGAAAAUGAAAAUUAUAAAAAUAAAUGUGACUUAAAAUAUUUCAGUGAAAAUCGUAAAAUAUGUUGCGAUCAUAUUCAAAAAAAAAAUAUAUCUGGAUUUAUUAAAAGAAAAAAUAAACAUUUUAAACAAAAAGACAAUAAAAAAUGUUUACAUACUAUAGUGAAAGAAGAUAAUAGUUCACAUAUUUAUAAAAUAAAAAAAAAUAAAAAUAACUUUUUAGAUCCAAAUAUUAAUAAUAAACAUAGUACAUAUGAAUAUAAAAAUAUAAUUAAUAAUAUAGACAAUGAAAGUAUAUUUUAUAAAAUAAUUAAAAAUGAAGAAAAUGAAUUUACUUUUUUUAAAUUCUCGAAAAAUAUAGUUUUUAUCACAUAUAUAGAAUGGAAACAUAAUGAUUUUAGCUAUUUAAAAUGGUGGAAUAAAAUUAAAAAAAAAAAAAAAACUUCAAUUGAUUAUAGAAUGUAUGAAACAGAUAUUAAUUAUAACAACACAGAUAUAUGUAGAAAAAUCCAAAAGAAUUCAAAAAAUAAAUAUGAUAAAAAUAAUGAAAAUAUUAUGAAUUUUUAUCAUUAUACUUAUGAAAGUCAAGUUGAAAAUGGCAAUCAUAACUGUAUGUUUGCAAAGAGGAUGAAUAAAAUUAUAAAAAAUAAACACGUGUGUAGAGUUUAUAACAAUAUAUUAUACAUACCAACUAAACAAGUUCUUAAAAAAGAAAUAAAAUGGAAUUUAAUUCCUAUUCGAAGGGUAAAUAUUAAAAAUAGUGUUAAAAAAAAAGGAAAUUGGAAUGAUAGCAAAUUUAAAAUGUGCAAUAUUUUUGAAAAACCUAACAAAAAAUUAUCAUACAAAAUUAAUGAAGAAUUAGAAUAUUAUCAUGAUGAAUAUAUAUAUUGUACAAAUUUUAAAAUAAUUUUUUUAGUACAUUUUUUAAAAAAUAAUUGUACUUAUUAUAGAUUUAUCAAAAAUGUUAUAUUUUAUUCUAUGAGAAUAAAUAAUGAAAUUUUAAGUUUAAAAAAACGGCUUUUUUUUAGUAACAGAAUUAAUAAUUCUUUUUUCAAAAAGAAAGACAUAUAUAUUGUAAAAAAAUAUAAAAAAGAAUAUUACAAAGAUAUAAAUUAUUUAAAUAUAUGGAAUAAACAAAUUCAAAAAAUUAAAAUAAUUGAUUUUAUAAAUAUUCAUAAUGUUAUUAAUAGUUAUAAUUAUACUCACGAUUUUAACACAUGUUUAGUUUGCCAAUACUUUUUUAAUAAAUUUAUUUAUCUUAUGAAAAAAUAUAACAUAUAUAAUGAUAGUAAAAAUAAUAUGCACAAAUUUAUUACUUUUAAAAAUGCUUCUUUUUAUUAUGAACAGCAAGAAAUAAAUAUUUUUUUUUUAUUCAAUAUUAUGAUAAGAAUAAAAUUAUUAUUAUUUUAUUUCAUUAUAUUAUUUUAUUCUGAUAGCAAAACAUUUAAUACAGAAACUAUAUCUUCAUUUCAUAUUUUAAGAAGAAAAACCAAAAACCCUAAAAUAUUAUAUGAGAUAUUAAUUCAUUUAUAUUUUUUAAAUAUAUUUUUUUUUCACAUUUUAAAUUUUUUAUUUAUUUCCGAUGAUCCAAAUUAUGAUAAAUAUGACAAUAUUCAUAAAAGCGAGAAUAUAUAUUUAUCAAAAAUAAGAAAUGAUGAGAAUAGACAUGAACAUAUACAUAAUAUAACUAGUGAACAAGUCAGUAAUGGUAUAAAAAUAAAUUAUUGCGACGAUUUGAAAAAUGAAACCAAUACACACGAUAAUAAUAAUGAUAAUAAUAAUAAUGAUAAUAAUAAUAAUGAUAAUAAUAAUAAUGAUAAUAAUAAUAAUAAUAGUGAUAAUAACGAUGAAGUAUUCUUAGUACACGAUAGACUGUCUUUACUGACAAAGUUUCUGAAAUAUGAUUCGCGAGAUGCACAUUUAGAUACUCAAACUAGCGAAAUAAAAUAUUCUACUUGUUUUGGACAAACAUUUGAAGAAAAUAUUGAACAAUGUACCAAAAAUUCAAAAAAAGAAAUGUCUUUAUAUUAUGAACAAUUAAAAAUUAUUAUAAUAAAUACAAUACAUCUUCAUUUUAUAUCUCUUAAGUUACUAGAUAUAAUGAAAUUUAAUUAUUUUAAAAUUUAUAAAAAGUUAUAUUCAAAAGCUUCUGAGAAAUGUAAAAAUAAUAAAAAAAUAAAAAAAAAUAAAAAAGAUCGAAAAAAAAAAAAUCACACUCAAUUAAGUAACGAUGUUGAUAAAAUCAUAGUGAUAGCUUACAACGAAAAUAAUGAAGCAAAUAUUAUGUUUUUAAAAAUUCAAGAUAAAAUUGGAAAAAAUAAAGGAUUAAAUUUUGAGGAUAAUAAUAAUGAUAUAUUAAAAUAUCAUAUAAUACCAAAAGCCAAGUUAAAAGUUCCUCUAAAUCUUGUUAAGAUUGAAAAAUUAAUGAACAAUAUUUUUGUUUUAUUUACAAAAAAAGGAAUAUUUUUAUUUUCAUUUUCUGAUAUAUAUGGUGCAAACAUAACCUUAACAAAUUAUUACAUUUACAAUUCUAAUGAUAUAAAAUAUAUUUAUAAAUUUGAAUUUUUUAAAAUUAUAAAGAAAAAAAAUUAUUAUAAAGAAGUUAAAGCAAAUAUAUUAUUUUCUGAUUUUUAUUCCGAAACAAAUAAUUUGAAUCAUUUUAUAAAUAUGAAAAAUAAUAAUAGUGAUCAAGUUAUUAAAAGUUGUUAUGAAUUAUUUUAUAUUUUAAAAAAAAAAAAAUUGAUGUAUUAUGAUAAAGAAUCUCUAAAUAACACUCAGUUUAAAUUUCGAAAUAUUUUUUUUAAAUCUUUUAAAUAUUUAAAAAAUGUGAAUAAUAUACCAUAUUUAGACAGUUUUUAUUUGUCUACAUUUGAAUAUAAUUAUAAAUUUAAUCUUUUUGAAAAAAAGUUUAAAAGAAAUUUUUCGAUGUAUUAUUCUUCCAUGAUGUCUAUUUCUUUUAUAUUAGAUAUUGAAGAAAAUGGAAAAGUUGAAAAAAAUAUUAAUAAUAUUGAUAAAGAUAUAGAUUACACUAAUUUUUUUUAUAAAGCUCGAAUAUUGAAGAACAAGAAAAGAAUAUCUUUGCAAAAUAAAUCGGUCGAAUUUUUUGAAAAAAAAAAAAAAAAAAAUGAAAAAUAUAUACCAAAUGAUAAUAAAUUUUAUAUAUCUCUCGAAAUUAGUAAAAACGAUUUUACAAAACUGUAUGAAACUAACGGGCGACAUGAUAGCGGGAAUGAAAAAAUGGUGAGGGAAAACGAAAAAAUGGUGAGCGAAAAUGAAAAAAUGGUGAGCGAAAAAUAUGCCUAUACAAGCUCAGACCAUACUAGCCAUUUUAGAAAUACCAACAUAAAAGAUAGAAAAGAAAAAUAUUUGAAAAAACAAAAUUUAUCCCAAUUAUUUACAUUACCAAACAUAACAAUUACUCAAUUGGAUACAAUAGAAAUGGAUAAUAAAAUUUUUGCACACACUUUAUUUAAUAUACGAUACUUAGUAAUUGAUCAUGAAAAAAAAACAAUAUAUUUAAUUUUUAUACUUUAUAAUUACAAGAAUAAUCGAAUUUUAAUAUAUAGAAAUAAUUUCGAAGGAUAUAAUUUUUAUCAAAAUGAAAAAAACUUUUUUAAAAAUAUUUUUUUACAAGCUAAAAGUGUAUUUUGUUUGACAAGUAGAAACAAUGUAAUAUAUAAAAAGACUAAAAAAAAACAAUUUUAUAAAAAAAAUAUAAAUGAGUUGGAUAAUUAUGACAAUUUUGAUAUAGAUAGAUCUUAUAAGAAUAAACAUGAAAUGAAAGAAAAUAUUUUAUUGAUUUUAAAACAAGAAAAAUCUGAUCUUGCAAUUGUAGUAAAAUCUUUUGUUUUAUUUAAUAAAAAUAACCAAUUAUAUAUUUUUAAAAGCUUUUUAAAUUUAUUUUAUACUUAUAAUAAAAUAAAAUCAAUUAAGGAUUAUAAAUAUAAGCCCAAAAUAAUUAACAAUAAUUCGAAUAUAUUUCAACAUGAUACUUUUAGUGAAUUACAAAAAAUUCAAAACAUAAAAAAUGAAUCAAAUGAAUAUUUAAAAAAUAAAGAUAAUAAUUCUAUAUUUGAAAUAAAAAAAGUGAAAAGAAAUUUAGGAUAUAAACUAUUUAUAGCUGAUAAAAAUAACAAUUUGUACAAAAUAAUGGCUGGAUAUAGUCUAUUAUUAGGGAAAGAUAAAAAAAAAAUAAAUUGCGGUCUACAAUCUUGCUUAAAUACUGCCUAUAAAAAUUCAAAUUUAUACAAUAGCAGUUUUUUUUUUAUCAGUAUUAAUAAAUAUUUUAAUAUUUUAUGUAUAUCUAAUUAUUUUAAAACAAUUUUUUCUUUCAUUUUAUGUGAUAAUAUAUGCAGUUAUUUCGAGGAUUCAAUUUUACUGUCUAAAAGGUUUAGUGAAAAAUUGGCUAGCCAGGAAAAAAAAAAAAAAAAAAUAAAUAAAAAUAAAAAUAAAAAUAACAAAAUAAACGAAAUAAACGAGAAUACUAAUAAGUUUUAUAUACUUACAAACGAGGAAAUAAAAAAGCUAAAUUUUUUGCCUUGUAAAAUAUUGUUUACAAAAAGUAUACAUACGAAUGGAGAUAUUAUAUAUAUAAUUUUUUUAAAUCAUAUAAGUAUACGUAUAAAUAAGUAUAGAAUGUGUGCAAAUAGUGAUCAAAUUAUAAGCUUUAUUGAUUUUUUUGAAAUCGAAUUUGAAAAUAAAAGUAUAGUUAAUCAUUAUUAUCAAGACAAUUUUCUAUGUCUAUCUUAUACCAAUAAUACUGUUGAUUUAUUUUACAUUGAUUUUGUAAAUAACCAGUUUUUUCUUUUAAAAUCUGUUAACUCAAACUCUCCAAUUUAUUCGAUCUACCUACUGAUACGCCCAAAAGGUAACAAAAAAACUGACAAAAAAACUGACAAAAAAACUGACAAAAAAACUGACAAAAAUGGGGACAAAGCUGAGAUAAAUUUCUUGGAUAUGGAAGAGUCUCAAACCGACAAACAUGUAAUAGUCUGUUUAGGAAAGAAAAGAGAAUGUGAAAUCUUUGUAUAUUAUUUAGGUAAAAAAUAUAGUAGCAACAUAGAUCAAGUUCUUUCUAUACAUUCAUAUUCUAAUUAUAAUAAAAUUGAUAGAGAAGGGAAUAUAAUAAAAUAUAAAUACGAUAAUUUAAAUGGAAAAAAUAGUUACUAUAUGUUUCGGGAAAAUAAAGAAAUAAAUAUUAAAAUGAAGAAAGAAAAAUAUAAUGACAUUAUUAUAUAUAUAAAAAAUGAACAUAAUUUUAUUAUAGACACUUUAAAUGAUCAAAUAAAAAUUGUUAAUAUAAUUAAAUUAAAUAGUUUUAUUCUGAUUGGUACAAAUGUUGGUGUAGUAAAAGUUUAUGAUAUAUUUAAUGAUAUGGAGUUUGAAAAAAAUAAUAAAUUAUAUUUGAAUAAUUUUUUAUUUUGUAAAACUCAAAAAAUAAUAACAAAAAUAUAUGACGAAUUUUUAUUAGGUAAUGGAUGUGUAAAUUUUAUUAACAUUGAAAAAAUCGUUAAAAAUAAAAUUCAAUAUAAUGAUAAAAAAAAUCAUAAUUUUGAUUACCCUUAUAAAAAAAAUGCAUAUGUUCCAGUAUUUUGUGAAAAUAAUUUAUACAUUUUUUUAUCGAGUAUAAUUAAAUCCUAUAAAUCAAAUGAUAAUCACAAAUUUCAUAAAAACGACUACACUACAAAGUUGGCAAAAAAACUUAAUUCGAACAUUGCUAGCUUAUUAAAUAUAAAAAAAAAAUAUAUUAAUAAUAAAUUUUUUAAAUUAAAAAAUAUUGGAUCUAACAUAAUAAAAAAUAAAAACAUUUUUCUUAUUCCUUUAAAAAUAUGUAUAAAUAAUAAAAAAUAUACAAAGAAAAAUUACACACAUAAUAGAAAUGAAAACAAUUUAACAGGGUUAACUACAAUUGAUGGGAAUUUAUUUUGUAAUUUUCUUAAACAAAACGGAAAAAAAUAUGAUGAAAAUUAUUAUGAAAAUGAAAUGACUGCAAUAUCAAAAGUAAAAACAACUAAUUGUGAAACAAACAGUUUUAAGAAUUAUAUUAACAAUAAAGUAGUGAAGGCAAAAAAUUAUAUGAGUCCUAAUAAUAUAAUACUAAUAAAAAAUAAUAAUAAAAAUAAUUUUAUUUUUUUAAUUAUAAUAUCUAUUAAUAAUGAAUUAAAAAUAGGGCUAGUUAAAAAAAGUAUCUUAUGUUUCCCUGAAAGUUGUUCUUUAGACAAUUUAAAAAUCCAUAAAUUUGUUGAAGGAAAUACAACAAAUGAAUUUAGUUAUUAUUUUAAAAAUGGAAUAAUAUAUUCAAAACAAUCACAUGAACAAAAUGAUAUUAAAAUUUCAAAAAGCUUAAAAAAUAUGAACAAGUCAGGUAAAAAAAAAAGUGUGUGCAAUUAUAAAUAUAUUGGAUGUGAUUUAGGAAAAAAGGGAAAUCAAUUAAAAUUUGGAAAAUCUAUUAUAAAUAUAAACACAAAUCAAAAUAUAAAAAAUAUAUUUCAUUUAAACUUGGAUAGAAAUUAUAUAUUAAAAGAAGCUUUUCAAAUUUGUACAUGUAAAGAAAGAGAAGAUAUUAUAAAUUGGAUAAAUAAAAAAAUAAAAGAUGAUGAAAAAGACAAAAGUAUAUUACAUUUAUUUAAUAAUUUAAAAGAUAAUAAAAAAAAUAAAUAUAUUAAUAAUAAAGAAAAAAAUGAUAAAAAACAAAAUGAUUUAUUAUAUAUUUAUAAUAAUAUAUUUUUAAAGGAUAACAAUAUUUUUGUAAAAAAUAAACAUAUAUUAUAUCUUCUUCGAGAUAAAUAUAUAAAUUUUAAAAACAAUAUUUAUUCUUUUUUAUUUUUUAUUAUAAUAAUUUUAAAAUAUAAAUUAACUAGCUUUUUUCAAAAUGAAUUAAUUCAGUUUAAUUUAUUUAUAAAGGGUUGUUAUUAUCCAUAUGAUAUUGAAGAAUUAAAUAUUUCAAAAGAGUUUGAAAAAAAAGAAAAUAUAUAUAAAUCUACAAAUAAAAUUUGUAAAAUGUUAAAUGUCUUAUUUUUUCGUAAAGAAAAAAAGGAAAACAUAAUAAAUAAUACAGAAUAUGAUCUAACUUAUUUGGAAAAUAAUUAUUCAACUCAUAAAAAAAGAAAUAAUGUUGACAACUUUUUAUAUUUGAAUGAAGACAGAUUUGGAAAAAAUUCAGAUAAAAAUAUUUUUGUAAAAAGACAAAAAAUGUUAAAAGAUCAAAAUUGUGAUAAUUAUUUUGAAAAUUCUCCUAUUUUUAAUAAGCCAUACAAAAAAAUGAAUAAACAAAAUUGUUUGCAAUAUAAAAAUAGUAAUGAUAAUAAUGAUGAUAAUAAUAAUGAUAAUAAUAAUAAUGAUAUCGAAUUGAAUAAAAUUAGCUACGACCCUAUAAAUAACGAAUAUAAUAAUGAAAAUCACAAAAAACUAUGUAAACUUAUAAUUAAAGAAAUGAAUUUUGUUCGAAAUUUCGAAAAAAUGAAUAUCCAUUUUAGAGACAUAAAAAAUCAAGAUAAAAAUAAUUACCAAUUAACAAACAUCGAAAAUAACCAAUUUUGUUUAUCUAAUAAAAAACAAUAUGAUGAAGAAAAUAAACGAACAUUGGUUCAAAAUUUAAACUUUGUUAUUUUGCACAUAAUAGGAACUAAAUAUAAUUUUAGUAAUAUAAUUGAAUACUAUAAAAUAAUUAAUUGUAAAAAUAAAAUAUUUCACACAAAAAUUGAUGUAAAAUUUGAGGAAGAAAAAUUGUCUGUACUAUCUAACUUUGAUGAGAAUAACAAAUUUUGGAAAAAUAGAAAAAAAGGAUAUAUAAAAAUUAGGAAUAAAAUGAUUGAAAAAAAAAAAUAUAUAUACAAAAUUUUUAAAAAUUUAAAUAAAAUUAACAAAAAUAUGAAAAAAAAAAAUAAUGAGUCAGGUAAUAAAAAAUGGAGAAUGAAAAGACAUUUUUAUCGUUAUAGAAAUAUAUUUAAAAAAAGUUUGAAAAAGUUAAAUCAAUAUAAAGAAGAGUGUGUUAUAAAAUAUGGGGAUAAAAUAAAAAAUUAUAAUAAAUAUAAAAAUUUAGAAAAAAAAAAAAAAAUGAAUAAAAAUAAUAUAAACAAUUGUGAAACAUAUGAUUGUCUUUUUGUAUAUAUUAAUAGCAUAAGUUACAAAGUUAAGAAUAUUGCUUUUUGUAAUUUAAAAAAUAAUUUUAAUAAAAAAUUUAAUUUAUUAAAUAAAGAAAUAUAUUGUAUUAUGCAAUUAAUAGGUAACUAUGCUUAUUUGAUUAACUUUCGAACUAAGGUAUCUUUUUGGAUAAAUAUAAAAUACCUGAAUAAAAAUAUAUAUAUUCUUAAAUUAUCAAAAAAAAAUGAUGAAAAAAAAAAAGAAAUAUAUACAAAUUUAUUGGAAAAUACAUCAAAAAAAACAAAUAAUUUUAUGUUUAAAAAAAUAAGACGAGAAAAUAUUGUUAAUUUAUUUUAUAAAAAUGUUUCGACAAAUCCAAUUAUAUAUAUAAAUAGAAAUAUGAAAAAUAUAGGCACAUUUUUACAUAAAUAUAUUAUAUAUACACAAAAAAAUAAAAUUAUUCUUUUAAAAAUUAUUAUAUCAGAAGAUAACAGAAAUAUAGUUAAUCAUAAAAAUAAGGAUAUAGAAAAUAUUUUUAAAAAUUACCAUUUUUUUGAAAAUAAGUACAUAAAUAAUGCUGAAAAUUUAAGAGAGUUAAAUUUUUCAGAUUUAUAUAAAAAUUUUAUUAAAAAUGAUAAAAUAAUUAACAGAGAUUUAGAGGAUAGUGGAAACAAUGAAAUGACUGAAAAUGAAUAUUUAAGAAGUUUAAUUAUUAAAAAAAAACAAAGACUUAUUGAAAAUGCUAGAAGAAAUAUGUUUAUUAGUAAUGACAAUGAAAAUAAUAGAAGGCAACAGGGAUAUUAUGAUGAUGAUGAUGAUGGUGAUGGAAAUGGAGAUGAUGACGAGGGUGGUGGCGAUGGUGAUGGUGGUUAUGAUGAUAUGCUAAAUCGAAAUGUAAAUAACAAUUCGAAUAAUAAUAGACCAGAUUUUACAUUUCCAACAUAUAAUGAUCAGUUUUAUGAAAAUUAUCAAAGUAAUAUUGUUAAAAGUAGAAUAGAUGGUAUUAUGGAAAAAGACAAAAAUAAUAAUAAAGAAGAAUAUAAUUUUGAAGAUAUAAAUAAUUAUAUAUUUAAUAAUUUUUAUAAUUAUAAUGAUUUAAAAUUUUUAAAAAAAUUUAAAUAUGGGCUAAUAGAAUUUUGUAAUAGUACAGAUAAUUUUGAAGAUAUAGUUAAUAUGAAAACUUUUGAAAAUAAAAUAAUAAUAAUUACAAAAAAUUAUAUAAAAAUAUAUGAAUAUAAUGAAUUAAAAAAUAUAUUUUUAUUACGUGGUAUAAAAUCAAUAUAUGGAACUAUAUUAUGUAUAAAAGAUGAUAACAUUUAUAAUAGUUUUAUUAAAAAUAAAAUUAGUUUAUUCACAUUUAACAAUAUAAUUGAUUAUCUAAAUGUUGUGUAUAAAAAUUAUUUAUUUUUUUAUAAAAUUACACAAAAUAAUAUAAUAAAUAUAGCUACCAUAAAAUUUAAAAAUAAUAUACAUAUUUUAUGUAAAAAUAAAUUGUUUUAUAAUAUUGUAGGUUUUAAUUUAAAUAUAAAUAAAAAAGAAUGUAUUACAGAAAGUUUUAGGAAAUAUAUCAAUUUUUAUGAAAAUUUUUAUUUAGUAGACAAAAAAUGUAACAUAUAUAAUAUGUAUAUAUACCCAUUAAAACAGAAUAAUCGAAAUUGUUAUUUUAACGAAAAUCGAAAUAUAGAAAUUUGUUAUGAUUUAAUGAUUUUUUUACAAAUAUUGAUUGAAGGGAAAAAAUGUAAAAAAAAUUCAAAAAAUUGGAAAAUUGCAGAUUUUAUAAUAAAAAGGCAACAAAAAGGUGUAAGCAAAAAAAACAGCCAAUUCGAAAAAAAAAAACAUUUCGAAAAAAACAGCCAAUUUGAAAAAAACAGCCAAUUCGAAAAAAACAGCCAAUUCGAAAAAAACAGCCAAUUUGAAAAAAAUAUAUAUUAUUAUAAAUAUGUCAUGAAAAAUAAGCAUAAAAAAUUCUUGUCUAUAUUUAUAGAUAGAGUAUUAUUUUAUAUAAAUAAAAAAAUUAUAUUUUUUCGAAAAUUAUUUGAAAAAAAAUCAAAAGACAUAUUCAAAUUUGAAUUGAAAUUAAAAAUAUUUAAUAGAUUGUUAAAAUUAUGUUCUUACGAAUUUUAUGAUAAAAAAAAUGGAAUAGAAUUAUUAAAUAAUAUAUAUGAUCAAAAAAGAAAUAAAAAUAUUACAUCCUUUUCUAUAAUAAAUAGAAAAAAUGACUAUAUUGAUAUUAUACAUAGUCAAUUAAGUGAUAUUUCCAUUUCUUCUUUACAAAAUACAAAAUUAAAUAAUUGUAUCCCCAAUUCUAAUAUGACAACUAUUUCAAAUAAUUUGAAUAUAUCACAACCAAUUAAAAAUAGUUAUUUAAAAUCAAUAAAUAAUUUAUUGAAUUUUCGAAUUUGUCCAAAAAAAUGGAAAGGAGAAAAUAUAUGGAUAGAAAAAUUAACUAUGGAAAAAAUAAACGAAAUGAAUAAAUAUCGUAUAUAUGAUAUAAAUAGUUAUAAUGAUGUUAUAAUAAAUAAUAUAAAAGACAAUACAUAUUAUGAUGCUGAUUAUUAUUAUUUAUUAGGUGAUAUAUCAAAUUAUGUUAAUAUAUUAAAUUUUAAUAAUGGAAUAGAAGAAAAUGAGAAUAAUAAUAAUAUACGAAAAAGAAAUAUAUUAAAUAAAUCUAUCGAUUUUAUUUAUUUACAUUUUUUAAUUAACAUUUCUUAUAAUCCUAAUAUAUUUUAUCAUAUUAAAAAAUAUUUACAUUUACAUUCUUAUUCUUCAAAAAUAUUUGAAAAGAAAAAUUAUUAUAUAAAUAUCGAUUUGUUAAAUAUUAUUUUUAAUUUUGAUAAAAAAGGGUUGAAACAAUUAAAAACUGCUUUAACUAUAUUUCCAACUAAUCCAACUAUUGACGAAUUGUUCGAUGCCGUAUCUUCAUUAUCCAUGCCGUUUGACACUUCCUAA